GAAAUAGGACCAAUAAAACGCAACGAUAGGCAACCUCAAUGGCGCCCCCCCCUCCACAGUCGCGCCGGUAGCGCUCCAGUCAUCAAUCGUCGUUCAAAUAGUCCGAUACAAUUUGCGGCGUGUGCAACACCUACUCGAACUUACCGCGCCUAUGAGCGCCGACCAACACCUAGAGCAUGCACGUGCACACCUCAUUGAUGCCACCAAACAUGGGAAUCAUCGGUCGGUGGAGCUAGCCAUCCUGGAUCUGAAUCGCGCUAUCUUCCUGCGACCACGUGACCCAAAGGCAUACGCCAUUCGAGGUGACUCUUUCUCAAGACUCUAUGAUUUGCACUCGGCAAUUAUUGACUUACGGUAUGUAGUUGUGCAGGGCCAGGGAGUCCAUGCUGCCGUGCGUCACCGUCUAGCGACGAUCUUAGACCUUCGUGGCUUCUGCUGGUUGCGCGCAGGAGACGCACGAGCUGCACUGGAGUGCUUCAAGGAAGCUAGUCAACUAGACCCGUUAUCUUCCCGUUUUUUUGCACACUGUGCAAUUGCCCAUACUAAACUUAAAGAGUUCGACGCAGCACUGAGACACAUCAGUCGAGCAAUUGAUUUGGAUACUAACCUUGUGUCUGGGAAUAGUCCAGAUCCAUCGUAUGCCGAGCAAUUUGUGUUGCGAGCAAAGCUUUAUUGGGCACUAGGACUGAUAGACGUCGGCAUCAAGGACAUGUCAAUGGCCAUGUCACUUGCCCCAGACCAUAUUGAGGUACGGCGUUUCAACGACAUGAUGCAACGCAAGUCAGCGGAGCUCUAUCGUACAGCCUUAAACCAUAUGAUGCAUCACGACUUCUCCUCUGCAAUUAAGCUGCUCACCGCAGCUCUCCGUAUUGCUCCGCGCGAUAUAAAACUGCUAGUGACACGCGCCUCGGCACAUCGCCAAGCAGGAGCCUGUGAUAUAGCUCUAGUUGAUCUGAGUCAAGCAUCGACUGCAUUCUGUCAUUCAAUGCGCCCUAGUUCUAGAACCGUGGAGGAGCAAGCUAACAGUUCAUCCCUGCAAGACCAUGAGCCGUUUCAGCUUGUACGCCAACGGAUUUUGGCUUAUAAUAAUUUGGCACUGGAGGCAAUGCAUGACCAUCGACCUGCCGACGCGCUUCUUCUCUUUAAUCGGGUAAUUAAGGCAGAGGUCAGUCUGACGAGGCGGACGGGCUCGACGCAUUGCACUGAUCAUCGAUUCUACGUAAAUCGUGGUGAUUGUUUUAUGGCCUUAGGGCAGACUACCCUGGCAGUUGCGGACUUCAACGUUGCCUUUGCUGUGGCGCCCCACGACUGGGCCGUCACAUCGCGCCUCUCUAUGAUGCAUUACAAUAUCGGCGCAUCACUUUUUAACGAGGGCAAUUUUGCUGGUGCUGAGGUGGAGCUCUCAGCAGCGAUCAAGCGCAAUCCAAAAGUCGCUCAGUACUUUGCUUGUCGCGGCCAAGCUUCCUAUUAUCAGCACAAGUUUGAUGCUGCACGUCUUGAUUUUCAAUCGGCUCUGCACUUGGAUCCCUCGCUCCAUGAAAUCCGAGUCCAUCUGCAGCAAUUCACUUCGGCUCAGAGGAUUUCAUCUGCGCGAGAUCUACUUGAUGCGCAAAUCCCAGAGAUUCCACCCAACAAGAAUAGGCAUCGUGAGUCAACAAGAUUUCCUCCGUUGGAGACCCCAAGCAGGAUUUCACUUGCCAUGGAGCAGCAAAAAAAGGCAAAGGCGGUAGUAACAGCGCUUCGCGUGCCUCCUUGCAUUGAGAAAGACACACGGCUGUGGAACAUGGCACUAUCCCCAUGUAUCUGGGCAUUUCCUGUAGUCCCACCUCAAGAUGGGGCCUCACUUCCUUUUCGCCUCUCUUGUAAAGAUUUUCAUCGUGUUCAUCCCGCUCUCCAAUCACCUGAUUGCGGAUGUUCUUCAGUGCAGUUGGUGCUGUAUUUCCUAAGAAUUUUAUUUGUUCGACCGCCUUCUGUGCUGUAUUCAGGGUUCCCUCUAACAAGCUGGCAGCUCACCGUCGAUUCAAAAGGCGCCAUGUCGCUCGAGGAUGAAAUUUUGAAGACGCAGCAGAUGUUGCAGCCUCUUAUUGACAGACCGCAAUUAAAAGAGAAGGUGUCCGCGGUGACAAAGAAGACUGGAUUUGCUGAGGAUCUCUACGAAGGUGAAGAACUAGAAUCUGGAUCGAUCAAAGACAAGGACGCAAAACUAAGCUACCUGAAGAAAAUAGUAGACUGCGUUAGCAUCUGCUUCGGGGAGGAGCUUGACGUUCGCGGAGCUAAGGUUGUUGCGGGGCUUGAACCAGAGAAAACGAAUCAGUUCUUACAAAAGUUAGCACAGUGCGCGUCUAGCUCUUCUCUUGACUUUCGCGAAGCCACACGACUGACAUUGCGAGGGACUUCGGCAACUCCCUCUGGAAUUCCUCGCCUGUGUAACGAAACCAAGCUGGAUUCGAAGCAAGCAGAUGCACUUGUUGAGCUCAAGGAUGAGCGAUCGACAAAUGAUGUACCACCAGCAUCACGUGCCGGGGCGAGAGGAGGCGCCGAUUCGAAGGGCGUAGAACCUCCCUCACGCCAGGGAGGGAUGGGCAUGGGGCCAUCUGGACUUGAUGAACAAAUCGAAGCGUGCGACGGGACACCUGCUACGACCCGAGCACUACUCGAACCCAUCAUCAGCCGUCCAAAAUUGCUAGAUAAACUCUUAAGCAAGCCUCCCUUUCGAUUUCUUCAUGAUGUUAUUUCAGAGGUAAUACGACGCACUGCGUUUGGUUCUGGGCUCUACAAUGAUGUCGAAUCAGAUAGCUCGAAGGUCACAGACAAAGCGGCAAAAAUCGAAUACCUGGCAAAAAUGGUCAAACUUGUGGGGAUGCAAUUAAAUACUAUAGUAGAAGCGCGGCCUGCGAAAAUAGUCAGCGGACUUGAACCUAACAACACAAAUCGCCUCUUGCAACUGCUCGCGAUUGCGGCAAGUUCAGCACCUAAUAGUGAGCGUGCUGUCCAGGCCGUCUUGGCGUCGGAGGAGUGCGGUGGAGGUAGUUCUGCGGUACAGAUAAAAAAUGAGUAUAAGGAUGAUGAAUCGCCUAAACAAGAGCAAAUGACCUUUACCGCCGAUCAUCGUGAACGUGACCCUGAGCCCUCAUUUGCUUCUGCUGCGCGCGAGGAGGAGAUCAACAUGGGCGGCGUCCAAACAAAAGAAGUUGCUUACGCUCAUACCAAGGAUGAAGACCCCAUCACCCAACUUGCCAGCGAGGGUGAUCUUGGUAUUGCCCAGCCUAAACGUUCAACACGCCCCACGACUGCACGACGUCGGCCCCCAAAGUACAAGGAAAAGGGACUAGAGGUGGAGAUGAACGAUGCCAAAAAUAGUAAUGAUGUACUGGACACCAAGACCACAAUUAUGAUUGAUGGCGACAAUGAUGAUGAUGAAGAUCCUGGUGCUGAUGAGAGUUUACACGGCAAUAAAGCAGACGCAAGAUAUGGGCUUCUGACAGAUGAUGCUCUUGCAGCAAGUGGUAAAUCUAAGCUUGUCCGUGAGAUCCAGGAAGAAGAACGUGCCGCCGCAAAGAAAGUUGAUGAGGAGAAGGAUGACGGUUCCGGUGGCAUCCGUUUUGGUCGAAUUGAUCGAGCUGUAGCAGGGAGUAAAGAUAAACUGAGCGAGGCAGACCUGCAAGAACUUCAGUACACUAUCCAAGUGCUCUGCCAAUCAACUAAUCCUCUUGGGAAAUGUAUGGACUACGUCCAUGAAGACCUUGCAACAAUGAACAAGGAGCUGGACAAAUGGGAACAGGAUUUCAAGAGCCACGCUGUUCAGCUUGAACACGAAAUGAAAAUAACCGAUGACACAACGCAGCCCCUCAAGCUCAAACUGAAAGAGCUCAAAGAAAAAAUCUUUGACGAACAGAAAAGCACACGUUCUGUCAAGGCUCGUAUCCUUAAGCAAGAGGAACGCAUUGGAGAUCUUCUUCGCAUGGUCUGCGCUUGCGCAUUUCGAGGGUAA